AUGCCGCGCGCAACCCGCCAAAGCACAAAAGCCACCCCGACCUCUUUCACCUCACCCCCGUACCCGCCGCCCAAAUCCAAACGCAAAUCCAACUCCUCCAUCUCCUCCACCUCCACAACCAGACCCCGCACUACUACUGAUCCCCGUAAUACUACUAAACCCACGAAACCCCGCCCCCGCCCCCGCCCCCGCGCACUAAUGCACAAAUCUACAGUCCGCUGCACCGCCGCCAGCCUAAGCUGCCAGAAGGACUUCCACCGGAGCACGCACAAGGCGGCGCGCGCGGCGAUGCUGCGGUAUCUGUGGCGGUAUGGGAUAAGAUCUAGGGAACGGCGGAGGCUGGCUGAGGAGGAGGAGGGGGAUGAUGAUGAUGGGGAUGGUGAGGAGGAGGGGGAGGAGGAAGAGGAGGGGGGGCAAGAUACCAUUGCCAUAAAACCCGAGCCGCAAGAAGCCGAAGCAGGCAUCCCCGCCAUCAAAGCCGAACCACCAGAAGACUCCCCAGUGCCAAAAGAAGAGAGCCCCUCCUCAGAAGCAUCAGCAGAGCCGCACCACAACACAGCCAAGCAAGGACCCAAAACAGAAAGAAGAAGCCCCACCGCCGACGACGACCCCGAAGACGACGACGACGACGACGAAGCAGAAGCCACACCCUGGCACCCCCAAGAAGAAGAAACCCACACGCCGCACAGCCCCGCCAGCAGAGCCGCGCGCCUCGCCUCCGAGAGGGAGGAGAAGCGGCUGCUAAAGAUUGCGUUUGACGAUGUGCGCACCUGGACGCCUAUGACGCGGAUCCGAAGGUGGAUUAUGAUGCUGAGGCUGAAGAGCGUAAGAAGGCGAAACGGGAUGGGAAGAGGGAUUUGA